CUCACACCUUCUCUCCAAUCUCUUCUUCUUUCUUAUUUUUAAAUUUCAAAAUUCAAAUCCCUCCUCCCAAUUUUCAACAUGAAUCCUUCCGGCUCCGGCUUCGAUCCCGACAAUCUCCCCCCGAGUGAUGCCGCGAUGUUGUUCUACCAAGAGUGGGGCGAUCGACCGCCGAUAUACGAGACGCAACAAUCGGGGUACGUCGACCGAGAUUCGGUUCCGGAGACUCAACCGGAACCGUCCGGAUCGAAAAAAAGUACACGCCGGAGGAGCCACAAAGCCAAAGGCACGUUGACCGAUGCGGCACGGGCAAUCCAAAAGUGGACGCCGGAUGAGGAGUGCAUAUUGGCGUCGGCUUGGGUUGACGUCUACGAGCAUCCUAUCAUUGGUACGGAGCAAACGAAGGAUGCGAUGUGGGAUCGUAUCGAGGAGAAGUUCUUCACGGCGAUGAAGAAGGACGGCUCCUACCGAACCCGUGACCAACUCACUUCCAAAUGGAGCCACAUCAACAAAAAAGUACGAAAAUUUAUGGGAGUAUACGAGGAAUGCUCCCGGUCCCGGAGGAGCGGCAUGAACGACGCCGAUGUUCUCCGGCUUGCCACGACCCGGUAUCAAGACGACGGGAACCAAGGCAAGGUGCCCAUCGAUCUUUGGGGGAUUUUGAGUCGUUCCCCGAAGUGGCAACAACUCAACAAUCCCGACGGCGUAUCAUUCCGGAAAAGAUCCACCGUCGACGCCGAGGUUGAGGUCGACGAGACCAUCGGUUCUACCGAUCAAAUCNAUUGCCUCUGGUUCGGGAGGGUCCGCCUCUAUUUCUGCUUCUCCCCGCGACGAAAUCGGCCGGGCAAUGGUUGAACAACUUCGGGCGUUCAAUCUCCAAGAACAAGAGAGGAUGAAGCUUAAAGAGAAGGAGUUGAAGCUAAAGGAGCAGGAGGCCGAGAUGAAAGUCAUGCAAACCGACCCCGCGACGUUGUCGGAGUUUGGACGAAUUAUCUACGAGCAAAGAAUGAGAGAGAUCAAGGAGAAAUAUAAUUUUUCUUAGUUU